AACCACCAUUCCACGGACCUGGAGUUCGUACAUUCAUGCCUAAUGAUGAUAGCUUCCCGAGGUCCCAAACCCUCGCUGACCCAAGCUCUUGAUAGAGAGAUUUAUCAGGUAGUGCGGAAAUUGGCUGACGAGCAAGCACAAUUUGAGAAUGGAGGGAAGCGGCUCACGGUCUCGGCCGUCUACGACAGCAUCAAGCGCUCGAAUUCUAGUCUGAAGCGGAAGUCCAAAAAGUUACUUGAGGAUUCGAUCGACCGCGUGCUGCUGGUUAUGAGAGAGGAGCAGGACGACAGCGACAGUCUCGACGGCGACUUUGAUGGAAUCGAAGAGGUUGGGCCUCAAUUGAAGGAACACAAUAUUAUGAACAGGAGUAUCACGAAAAUGUGGGCAAAAUCAGCAUCGGCGACGAUAACUUCGACAGAAGAGAUCCAACCAUCAAGCGGACUGCUUACUCUCAAACAUCCUCUUCCAAAUGGUGAAACAGAGUCUCCUGCAAAGGUCGAACGACAAGCAAAUGGUGAACCAAGCAAGAAACGUCGGAAAGCCGAGACACGAAAAGACAUGGACCGAUCACCACCGACGGAUAUAUCUUUGGAAAAUCUGGGAGGAGUUGACGAUGUGAUAGAAGAGCUCAACGAGCUGGUGGCUAUGCCGAUGCUCUACCCGGAGACAUACAUAAAGACGGGGAUACAACCGCCGCGAGGAGUCCUGCUUCAUGGUCCGCCGGGCUGCGGAAAGACUAUGAUUGCGAAUGCUUUUGCGGCAGAAAUCGGGAUCUCGUUUAUACCAUUAUCGGCCCCUUCGCUGGUGGCAGGUAUGUCUGGUGAGUCGGAAAAGAAGAUUAGGGAUAUAUUCGACGAGGCCAAAAAGAUGGCGCCGUGUCUCGUUUUUAUUGAUGAGAUUGAUGUCAUUAUGGGGAAACGAGAGAGUGCUCAAAGGGAAAUGGAAAAGCGUAUAGUGGCUCAGAUGCUCACUUGUAUGGACGAUAUGGCUCUGGAGAAGACUGGAGGCAAGCCUGUGAUCAUUAUUGCAGCUACUAAUCGACCAGACAGCCUCGACCCUGCUUUGCGGAGAGCCGGACGUUUUAACAAGGAGAUCAAUUUGGGUGUCCCGAAUGAGAUAGCUCGGGAGAAGAUUCUACGAGCUCUUACUCAAAAGCUGACUCUAGCCUCGGAUUUUGGUUAUCGAGCUCUGGCAAAGUUGACACCCGGGUUCGUGGGGGCUGAUUUGAACGAUGUGGUCUCCGUCGCAGGCACAGAAGCUAUGAAACGAAUGAUGGCUGUUCUAAAGCAACGAACCACUUCAGCCAUGGACGUGGAUUCUUCUGCUCAAGACCUCAAUAUUCCAGCGGCAUUACUGAUAUUGAGAUCUCUUGUCGCUAAUGCCGGCGAACCAACACCUGACGGCGAUUUCUCCAUCACGUAUGACGAUUUCGUCACAGCCAUCUCAAAGGUGCAACCAUCUGCCAAACGUGAAGGCUUCGCUACAAUUCCCGAUACCACUUGGGCGCAUAUUGGAGCGCUGCACGACGUCCGGGACCAGCUGGAAAUGGCGAUUGUGGAGCCUAUCAAGCGACCAGAAUCUUUCGCCAGAGUCGGUAUUACAGCACCAACCGGUGUCUUGCUUUGGGGUCCACCAGGAUGUGGAAAGACCCUUCUCGCAAAAGCAGUUGCAAAUGAGUCGAAAGCAAACUUCAUCUCGAUCAAAGGUCCAGAACUACUCAACAAAUAUGUUGGUGAGUCUGAGCGAGCGGUCCGUCAAACCUUUGAGCGUGCGAGGUCUUCGAUACCAUGUAUUCUCUUUUUCGACGAAUUGGACGCUUUGGUGCCAAAGCGAGAAGACUCUCUAUCCGAAGCUAGCAGUAAAGUUGUGAAUACUCUACUCACCGAGCUUGAUGGCCUCAGCAACAGAGCAGGUAUCUACGUUGUAGCAGCAACCAACCGCCCAGAUAUGAUUGACCCUGCAAUGCUUCGUCCAGGCCGUCUCGGCACUUCCGUUUUUGUUGAUCUACCCACUCCGGAUGAACGAGUUGAGAUCUUGAGAGCGUUAUAUAAAAAGGCGCUUCCAACAGCACCGCAGGAAGAAGUUGAUGGACUAGCGAGCGUAGCGAGAGAUGUGAGAUGUACAGGUUACAGUGGGGCCGAUUUGGGGAAUCUGCAUCAGGCUGCUGCUGUAGCGGCUUUGAAGAGAGAGAAAGCUAUUGGUGGCGCAGAGUUGGAUCUGAGGAUCAUCAGAGCUGAUUGGGAUGUCGCUUUAGGGAAGGUGAAGGCUAGCGUCAAGGAUGCUGGGAAGUAUAGGAGGCUGAAGGAGAGGGGGAUGUAAAGACUUGUAAAGUACACUACGCAGCGAGUUAUACAUACCAAAUUGGACAUUCCGACCCUCUUGCGAUCGGGG